AUGCUAAGCACUGGGAGGAAUCGGGUGCAGCUAGUAGCGCUGGGCUCCUUUUGUCCUUGGCGGUGGGUGCAGCGGCCCGCGAGUCGGCCUGCGAAAGUAAAGGCGGCGCGUCAGGACCGCAGCGCCAGCCCGCCGCGGUCACGUGACGCCGCCGGGAGGCGCAGCGCGGCUGAUUCAUCCCAGGCCAGGCGAGUGGAAAAGUACCAGCCGCGCGCGAGGGGCGGGGGUGCGCCGAGGGGCGGAAAAGUACAGACGGCGGAGCCGCGGAGAACAAAGAUGAUGCCACCGCUGUGUUGCGGCCGUCGAGGCCCCCUACUCCGUCACAAGACUUGCCGCAGCAGAGCCGCUGGCCGGGCUAGCUCCCCUCCCCCCAAUGGGAAGAUGCGGCUCCGCACCGUGCAGGCACGCGGCCCCCGCCCAGCGCCCGCUCUCCUGCCCACGUCGCGGGCGCGACACCCGCGCGGCGGGCCAGGAUGGAAGGCUGGCCAGCCCAACCGACAACGCCCGCCUCGAAAGGAAACGGACCCCGCGGCCGCCUUCCCGCGCGGCCCCUCCCGGAAGCCCCUCCCCCACUCUCGCCCGGGCCCCGCGCCCUUCCCACAGACGCCCCCCCGCACGCGUUACCUCGGUGGUCUCUGUUCUCACGCAGACGUCUUCAGUGGGUUUCUCUCAGUCAAAUACAAAUCAUAAAAAACAAACGAAAAAUUUCGCCAAAUCCAACAACAGGCAGGAAAAAUAAUUUUAAUAAAAAAUGAAAAGACAAAUUGCCGCCCCAAUCCUCCGGCGUCCGCCGUGUCAAGGGAAAGGCGCGAGCGUGCGGUAACGCGUGGUCGGGCUGCUGCUAGCAGUACUGGAAAGGCGUUCUAAGGCGGCGGCGUCGCGCGGCUCUGGAGCAGCCCUGCGAGCGGCGGGUUAUAGCGGCACCCCGGGGACGCGUCAGUGGGCGGGACCGCGGCCGCCCGGGCGCCUUCUCUUUGUGUAUCAACACCACCUGGGCCCCGCCUCCGACCCGCCCAGACCGAGGCCUCGCCUCCCUGCCCCUCCCUCUGCGGCCCGCGCCCGCGGCCCAGCCCCGCCCGCAGGCGCCCCCAAGACUCUCCCGCAAAGCCCAAGCCCACUCUCUCCAGCUUUCUAGAUAGUCUGGAAAGACCCCCAGAUGCUUCCCCUGCCUAUCCUUUUCAGCCAGUGUUGGUGCUCAACACAUGCUGUUGUCUUUGAAGAGCCAUCUCCUUAAAAUUUUCUCCUGUACGAGUCACCAGCAGUCCUUGCUUUUGGGGGACACAUCAAGGCUUUUGGGGGACACCACCCUCCCACCAAACACUUCUUGAUUGUUAUUUUUGUGAUUUACAGUGAGGUUUUGUCUCACAAACUUGGGCCAAGGCAGCAAGGUUGUCCUGAUGGUUUGUUCUUUCUUUUCCACCUAGACCUGCUUUCACUCUUCAAAACUAGCCGGAGGUCGGCGAGCAGCUCCUUUUCGGGAUGUGCUUUUUGUACGGCCAUGGAAACUGGACUAGCGGAAAGGCUACCUUUUGGCCAGCAAGCCAGGCCCCUUAGAAAGCGGCCCCAGUGGGGAGCCCGGCGCUCCUAAGGCCGUUUGGGAGUCCCCAGUUUUCCAUUCGCUGACACGUUGCUUCUCUUAUCCCACCACCGCCGCCCCCGGCAAAGGCACUGCCUUGUCUGAAUGCGGGUCUGAGGCGCUUUCUGCGGAGCCUGGUCCUUUCCCUUCAAUGGUGAUGUGGUCUUGCUGAGCCAGGCAACUAGGGGGACCCUUCGCUGUGGAAAAAUUGGUGCUGCGGGAAAGGCAAGACUCACUCCCUUGCAGGAAACAAAGACCCCUUAGGAGAGAGAAAUGUUCAUGGAAUGAAUGAAUAAACAAGUUUGACCUAC